AUGUCCUAUCCGGCCAGAGCCGACGAAGACCGGGUUGACGAAACGGCGAGACUGCUUGAGGACGCCGGGUAUGAAGUCGAACUCGAUGGCGACCGGGGCCUGGAUCAUGGUGCCUGGGUGCCCCUGUCCCUUGCAUUUCCCCGGGCGAACAUUCCGGUUACCGCGCUGUCGCUUCCCGAUGGAAGCACGCCGGAAACCGUCUACGAGCUGGGCAGAACGGUUGCGCCUCUGAAGGAAACAGGUGUCCUGAUUGCCGGUUCCGGAAGCACGACGCAUAAUCUGGGGGAUAUCAGGCCUCAGGGCUCGGAUGCCCCGGACUGGGCAAGGAAUUUUGAUCGCUGGCUCGACGACGGUUUGAAGGCCGGAUCGAUUGACUACUUCAGGGAUCUGGAGGCCGUCCCGGACUUCCGGCGAAAUCAUCCGACCGAGGAGCACCUCUUGCCGCUGUUUUUUGCCUUCGGUGCCGCCGGCCAGGAGGCCCACGCUGAACUUCUGCACCGCAGCUAUGAAUACGGGUCUAUCAGCAUGAGCUACUUCCGCUUCGCGGCCGAGGCAGCCUGA